AUGGAGAUAUGCUGCAGCAGUAGCCCUAGUUGCUUUGAGUCCGCUCUCGAUUAUCUGGACUGGAUCGGUAAGACAUUCCAUUAUUUGCGUGAUGUUAUAUAUGAGCUGAAGACCGAGGUGAGACUAUUACAAAGCUUUGAUCUGUAUCUGACAAAGUGUACGUGGAGGAGGAGGAACCAUAAAACCUGUUUGGAACAAGAUGAGGAGGAGAAGGAUGUUAUUUCUUCCAGAAUUCAAGAUCUGAUUAUCAGGAGAGUGCAAGGUCUUGAAUUUGUUUGCAGCGAAUACUUGAUUCAUUCUAGUUCACCUGAUUCGUCUCAGAUCGGAAGUGAGGUCACCAGAUUCCGGGAAGCAAUCAAGUUGUUUUUCGAGACACAUAUCAAGGAAUGGUGCAUCAACUUUCUGUUGGAGUAUUACUGGCUGAGAGAUCCAGAACUAGUUAUUGAUUUCAUUGAUUCUGUUGCAGAGACUCUGGCGAAAAUGAAGAGAUUCCGUUUGGGACGCCUUGGAAAGAAGCUAAUGUUGUUGAAAAGCUUCAUUCGCUUUGCCAUGCUUCGCGGUGCCUUGGGUCAGCAGCUGAUAGAUCUCUUGAUUCACGCUGAAGUGGUGGCUAUCAAUGCAUUACACCUGGCUUCUAUAUGGUACUUUCACACAGAUAAUGAAGUACGGAAUGAAACAGAACUUCAAAUUUCUCGACUAAUAGAUAAGAAGAUUAAUCCCGGUGAUCCCCAGGUUCGAGAAACUUACAUCCAUGUCUUGACUGCUGCAUACUCAUCAAGAUCAUCAGACACUUCAGCUCUGGAGAAGAAUAAGCAUCUAGUAGCUGACUUUAUGGAGUGUCACGUUCACAAUAUUAAGGAGCUGCUGAGAUCUUGUACCGAUAUUCUGGUUCCGAUUAUGAAUCAAAUGCUAAAACUCCUUGAGGGGCUAAGAUUCCUGACAAUCCUCCUCAGGCAUCAGAAAAUGUUCAAAGAGCUAUGCCAUGAAAUGAAGAAUCUUAUUGGAGUUGUGGCCUGUGAUGCAGCGGUUGUAAUUUUCUCUCUUUCUGUGAAUCAAAUCAAAGAAGGCUUGGCCAAGGAAACCGAUCUUGCUCUUUUUCAUUUGCUUAAAGUGCUCAAGUUUGUUAGGGCAGAAGUUACCGAUCCAGUAACAUCAUUCUCGCCGUUUGGUUUUCCUAGGACCAAUGAGUUGGGCUCUAUGGAUUUUCUCCUUCAAAAUCUGAAGGAACUAGAAAGUUGUAAUGAGGCUGAUGAUUCAAUUGCAUUUCCGAAAGAUCAAAUCCACACAGUCCUAGAAGAUCUCGUAUUCUUAAGAUCUUUCCUUGUCAAGAUAGCAGACCAGCGCAACUGGGCUGGAAAACUCCAAGCUCUUUGGAGUCGUGUUACGGAGGUUGCACACAGGGCAGAGUUUGUCAUUGACUCUAUUGUGGUUGGUGAUAAACAUGAAUAUUUGGAAAGAGUUGCCAGAGAUAUCCAGCUUUUGAGGACUGAGGCCCUGGAAACCUAUGAUAGCACGAGGCAUGACUGUGGAGCUCAGAGAACUAACCAGAAAUCUUUCCGCAUUGACUCAAAACGUAGCAUCCCAGUGUUGAAUGAAGUUCUGGUGGGUCUUGAUGAUGAGGUAAAGACAAUUAUUCAUAGCCUUACUAGGGGUUCAAAGCUGUUGGAUUUUGUUUCAAUUGUGGGUAUGGCUGGACUUGGCAAGACAACAUUGGCCAAUAGAGUUUGCAAUGAUCAAUUAAUUUUGAGCCACUUUCAUAUCCUUGCUCGGUGUACUGUUUCUCAAGUGUAUAGCAUGCACAGUUUGUUAGUUCAGCUUUUAUGUAGUAUUUCUUCUAGAAGUCCUGAUGAAUAUCUUGAGAUGGAUGAAAAUGAUUUGGCUUACAAGCUAUACAAACUUUUAAAGGGGAAUAGGUAUCUCAUUUUUCUGGAUGAUGUCUGGGAGAUUAAGGCAUGGAAUUUGGUGAAAAGUUCACUGCCUGAUGAUGCUAAUGGAAGUAGGAUUCUCUUCACCAGCAGAAUUCAAUUGCAAUUCAAACCUGAUAGCAUGGCCCAACAUCUCCGCCACCUUACUGACGAAGAGAGUUGGAAAUUGCUGCAGAAAAAGCUAUUUGGAAAAGAAGGUUUUCCUCGGACACUAGGUAAAGUUGGAUCUCAAAUAGCAAAGUUAUGUAGGGGUUUACCUCUCACAAUUGUCCUCGUUGCUGGAAUUCUUGCCAAUACUGCAGAAGACUGCUGGGAAGAAGUUGCAAAGAGUCUAACUUCCAGUAUUGUCCUUGAUGAUGAAAACUGUAGGAAGACGCUUGAGCUGAGUUACAGUCAUUUAUCGGAUGAUUUGAAGCCAUGCCUUCUGUACUUUGGUGCAUUUAAAGAAAACGAAGAUGUUCCUGUCCGAAGGUUGUCAUGGCUCUGGAUCUCUGAAGGAUUCGUGCGAAAAACUGAAGGAAAGAUCUUAGAGGAUGCGGCAGAUGACUAUUUGAAGGAUCUGGUUGAUAGAAGUUUAGUCAUGGUUUCUGACAAAAGAACCAUGGGUGGUGCCAAAGCCUGCCGACUUCAUGAUUUGGUACAUGAGUUUUGCGUGAAAAAAGCCAAAGAAGAAAACUUUCUACAUGUUUUGCAUAGUCGGAAUGAUUGUUUUAUUCUUACUGGCACAAGCAACCCCCUUCGAAUUUGCGAUCGAAGUGCCAGGAAUUUGAUGAUUCGCGAGUCAAUGCUAGAAUUUCCCAAUAUACGCAGUUUGUUAUUGUUUCAGGAGGAUGAUUUGGGAUUUUGGUUACCUAAACUUCUUAGAGUGUUGGAUUUGGGGGAAUUGGAGUUUGGUGCAUAUUUUCCUAUGGAAGUAUUUUUGCUUGCUCACUUGAGAUACUUGGCUCUUCGUCUUAACUUAAUAGAUUCUAUCCCAACUGCAAUUGCUAACCUCUCGAGGUUACAAACUUUUCUGCUACGAGGAGGAUACUUCACUUAUUGUUUGUUACCCAAGACUAUCUGGAACAUUAAGACAUUGAGGCAUCUAUGGACUACAAAUCCCGCUACUGGUUUUAUUUUUCCUGUUGAGUAUCUUGAAGUAUCCCCAGGUUUAGAUCAUUUAGAUACCUUAAGCCUUGCCAUUGAUUCCUCCUCUCAAAGCUUGCAAAAGAUACUGACAAAGUUACCAAACAUCCGCAGGCUAAGCUGUAACAUGAGGAAAUCAAGGGAAGAAGCUACAAGAAUUGGCGAGAGGAUUCUCGUAUUUGACUGUUUUAGUCAACUAGAAUCACUUACUCUGCGUUUCUUAUACGGAUAUGGAUUUAAAUUCCCAUUGAAUUUGAAGAAGUUGACUCUCUUUUACAAUAAGCAGCCAUGGACUGAAAUCUCAACAAUUGGAAAGUUGCCCAAACUUGAAGUGCUUAAAUUACUCGAUGACUCCGUCGUUGGGGAAGAAUGGGAAAUGAAAGAAGGGGAGUUCCCUAGCCUCCGAGUCUUGAAAUUGUCAAACUUGUGGAACCUUCGCAGCUGGACUGCAUCUUCUGAUAAUUUUCCCUGUCUUGAGAAAUUGGUUGUGAGCAAUUGUGAGAAUUUGGAAGAGGUGCCUUCUUGUUUAGGAGAAUGUCCGACUCUUGAAAUGAUUGAGGUGAAACGAUGUCGUGAGUCUGUUGCAAGUUCAGUGAAGCAAAUUCAACAAGAACAGAUAGAUAUGGGAAACGAAGUGUUAAAGAUCUUAAUUGAAAAGUGUGCUAAUGCACGGAGAUCUUAA